AUAACUUCACUCGAACUAGUUUGCCAUCGAAACUACUUGUGCUGUCUAUGCAGCCCUGAGAAAAGGGCUGUCUAUUCAGCCCUGAGAAAAGGGCUGCCGCAGGUGUUGCAAUUUAGUUCUCGCGAAGAAGUAGAGCCUAAUCAGACUUUGGAUUAAAAAUUAUGUACCAGCCACCUUUGCCGCCGCAAGAUGUGCCCACACAACCUCCACCACCACCACCACCACCAGCUGAAGCCGUAGAAUUACCUCCGGCGGGCAUAAAACACGAUGCUCAGCCGGCUAACGUUGAAACAGCUGGGCCGGCAAAUUUUCAUUAUGCACACAAUCCGUGGAGUAUGAAUGAGGCUUACAACUCUCAAGGUUCAUCUGUGAAUUAUGGUAAAUAUGACGCCAACGCCUAUUCGCCAUAUGCUUCAGGGCCAAUGCCAAUGCCGCCGUAUACAGCUAACGUACCUCCAUAUUACUAUGAGAAUUAUGGAUAUCCGGAGCCCUAUGCAGGAACGACUUCUAAUUACGGAGCUAAGUCGUCUAGCUCUGGCUAUGAAUCUAGAUCAGAUUAUAGGCAGGGCAGUUACUCUUCAAAUUAUCGUCAGCCCAGUCACAGUUAUUACUCUAAUAGUUAUCCGAAAAAUUAUGGUGGAUAUAACUAUAACAAUCGCUAUGAACAAAGAUAUUAUAAUCCACGACAGUCCUAUCAUGCCGGCCAAAGGAAUCCGAAGAGCAUGCCCAAUGAGGCGCCAAGCACGCCCAAGUUGGAAACAGAACGGGAUCGUCUCUUGCGUCAGUGGUGUUCCAACUAUUGUGAGAAACCCGAGGAUUAUAUUAAGAAAAUGAAUGCUUUAAUCGAAGCCGAGGCUCCUGCUGAAUCCUGGGUACGUUCAUCACCCGCUGAACUCUACUAUGAGCGCACAAAGAUCGAGCAUGAAGUAAGGGCCAAGCCCCGACUGCACAAACGCUGCGAGAUGUUUGAGCAGCAGCUCAUCGAACGUGCCGAAAGAGUGAGGAAGACAUUGCCCAUCUAUGUGCCUCCUGCUCGAAAAACGCGACGACGGGCUUGCAAUCACAAGCAUAAAUCGGAAGCAUGUUCCUCCAGCUCCGAUUCGGAUUCGGAUGAGGAUGCCUUCAAGAUCGAACAAGACUGUUGCAUGGAAGAGCUGUCGCGCAAGGUGCAACACCCACAGCGGGUACAUCCCGAUCUAUGGCAUAACGAUGCGGGUGAAAUGAACGAUGGACCGCUCUGUCGCUGCUCGGCUAAGUCGCGACGCAUUGGCAUACGACAUGGCAUAUAUCCAGGCGAGAAGGGGUAUCCCAUCUGCGAUAAGGACACUAAUAACGCGAGCAAACUUUAUCAUUAUCGCAUUACCAUUUCGCCGCCCACAAAUUUCCUAACCAAAACGCCGACAAUCAUCAAACACGAUGAGCAUGAAUUCCUCUUUGAAGGCUUCUCUCUGCUAUCGCAUGUCCGUCUAACGGAUUUGCCCGUCUGCAAAGUGAUUCGCUUCAAUAUUGAAUAUACCAUUGAAUAUGACGAGGAGAAGAUGCCUGAGAACUUUACCAUACGCGAAUUGGAUUUGUUUUUUAAGUAUCUAUUUCAUGAGCUGCUGGAGCUGGUUGACUUCAAUCUCAUGCCAAAUGGUGAACAAUCUUGUCCAGCUUUCCAUUUUCUGCCACGCUUUGUGCGCGAGCUGCCGGACAAUGGAAAGGAAGUGCUGGCGAUGUGCGAGGUAUUGAAGUAUUUGCUGGACAACUCAGCGGAACUGGUGGAGCCGCAGCAGCUGCUGCACUUGAAUCGCAUAAGUCAACAUGAAUGGCAAAAGUAUGUGGAUUAUAUUAAGGGCAUGUUGGUAACAAAACCUGGCCAUAAGCCCUGUUCGCUGCGUGUCGAUCAGUUGGAUCGAAAUAAUUCCGAUCUACCCGAAUGCUUGGAUCGAGAGACAGGCAUCUCACAUCCAGCGAUUGUACAUUUUGGCAUACGUCCACCUCAGCUGAGCUAUGCUGGCAAUCCGGAGUAUCAGAAGGCUUGGCGAGAAUAUGUUAAAUUUCGGCAUCUAAUGGCGAAUAUGUCGAAGCCAUCAUUCAAGGACAAACGUAAGCUAGAGGACAAGGAGCAACGACUGCAGGAGAUGCGUACCCAGGGACGGAUGAAACGAAAUAUUACCGUGGCCAUUAGCUCGAAUGGUUUCUACCGUACGGGCAUUAUGUGUGAUAUAGUACAGCAUGCAAUGCUUAUACCUGUGUUGACAGGCCAUCUACGCUUCCAUAAAUCCUUGGACUUACUGGAGGAGAGUAUUGGCUAUAAGUUCAAAAAUCGUUACUUACUCCAGUUGGCACUUACGCAUCCUUCGUACAAAGAAAACUACGGCACUAAUCCAGACCAUGCGCGCAAUUCACUAACCAAUUGUGGCAUUCGACAGCCGGAAUAUGGAGACCGUAAGAUUCAUUAUAUGAAUACGAGAAAGCGUGGCAUCAAUACUCUUGUUAGCAUUAUGUCGCGCUUUGGCAAGGAUCAUGAGACGGUUUCCAAUAUUACGCACAACGAACGUCUUGAAUUUCUGGGCGAUGCUGUGGUCGAAUUUUUGAGCUCGAUUCACUUGUUCUUUAUGUUUCCGGAGCUGGAGGAAGGUGGUUUGGCCACCUAUCGCGCUGCAAUUGUCCAGAAUCAGCAUUUGGCUUUGCUAGCCAAGAAAUUGCAGCUGGAAGAGUUUAUGCUGUAUGCCCAUGGCUCGGAUUUGUGCCACGAGCUUGAGCUCCGGCAUGCCAUGGCCAAUUGCUUUGAGGCUUUGAUGGGUGCCUUGCUGUUGGAUGGCGGCAUUAAAGUGGCCGAUGAGGUAUUCACCGAUGCUCUCUUUAGGCAGGACGAUAAAUUGCUUGCCAUAUGGAAGAAUUUGCCGGAGCAUCCGUUGCAGGAGCAGGAACCAUUAGGCGAUCGUAGCUGCAUCGAUGCUUACCGCGUGCUCAAGGAUUUGACCAGAUUUGAGGAUUCGAUUGGCAUCAAGUUUAAGCAUAUACGCUUGCUUGCACGCGCCUUUACGGAUCGCUCUAUUGGCUUUACACACUUGACGCUUGGCUCGAAUCAAAGACUGGAAUUCUUGGGAGAUACUGUGUUGCAGCUUAUUUGCUCGGAGUAUUUGUAUAGACAUUUUCCUGAGCAUCAUGAGGGACAUUUAUCAUUGCUGCGCUCCUCGCUGGUCAACAAUCGUACACAGGCUGUGGUCUGUGACGACCUGGGCAUGCCCAAGUUUGCUGUCUAUGCUAACCCGAAGGCUGAUUUAAAAACCAAAGAUAGAGCGGAUCUGCUGGAAGCUUUUCUUGGCGCUCUUUAUGUGGAUAAGGGAUUGCUUUAUUGUGAACAGUUCUGUCAUGUCUGUCUCUUUCCACGGCUGCAACUGUUCAUCAUGAAUCAGGAUUGGAAUGAUCCGAAAUCGAAGCUGCAACAAUGUUGUCUCACUUUACGCACCAUGGACGGCGGGGAGCCAGAUAUACCCUAUUACAAGGUGGUCGAGGCGAGUGGACCCACGAAUACCCGCGUUUACAAGGUGGCUGUCUAUUUUCGGUCGAAGCGUUUGGCCACCGCCAGUGGCUCGUCCAUACAGCAGGCAGAGAUGAAUGCCGCGAAGCAAGCUCUAGAGAAUUCCAGAGAUUUGUUUCCCCAACUCGAUCACCAGAAGCGCGUCAUUGCCAAAAGCAUUAAGAAGCAAACAGGCAGCGAAAUGGAUAAUGAUGUGGACAAGCCACAAGAUGAUAAGGCGAAGAAGCCCAAAUAUGCACCGCCGUUGGAGGAUGAAUCUCAUUUGCCAAAGCAAUAUCGCAUGCAUGAGAAUAUAUCCAGUGAUGAAUUGCCAGAGGAUGACGAAGAAGAUGAUCAAGGCAGAGCAGCCAUUUCACCUGUUCGUCUGCCAAAGCAUCGAAAUGGCAGCAGGAGCAGCAGCAGCAGCAAUAGUAGUAGUAGUAGUAGUAGCAGCAGCAGCAGCAGCACUAGCAGCAGCAGUAGUAGUAGUGAUACUGAUAGUGAUGCCUGUUCUCCGCCAAAGCUUCCAGCGCGCUUAGAGGAAGGCUCCGUUUCGCCAGUCUCCUCUUCUUCAUCGUUAUAAUAUAAAUUAAAUUUAACAAUCUAUAAGAUAACAAAAUAACAGAUAAGCAAAAGAUAAACUUC